GCCACUGUGCGGUGGCCACGAGAAACGAUUUGGCAGGCGUCGCUCUCGCCGCGACAGACAGCCGCCGCACGCGAGACACGUGUGCAAGCAAGCAGCGUGUGAGUGAAAACCGCAACAACGUGUGCGCACAGUUUGUCGCCGUCCGCUAGCCAUGGAGCCCGCUGGUGACUGCUUUGUACCUGGAGGUUUCUUCAGCGUGACGAACGGCUGGAAAAAGCGCUUCGGUAACGUCAAAAUACCCACGGAAGCGCAGCUCGAAAAACACAUGGUGUCGAGCGGAGCGCGCUUCGCGCGACAGCAAAUGAAAGGAACGAUGUUCCAAGAAGAAGGAUACGUGCGCAACGUCAUGUACAACGACGUGUCAGCAGAAUCCACGUGCGGACUUUUGCGUAGUAUCUGCCUACCGUCAAUGAAAGGCGGCUAUUACAUCGUGCACGCCGCGAUUUCCAAGGCGUCGGGCUCCAUCCUGGCUGGUCAUUGCCUCUGCCCCGCAGGCCUGAGCGGCACAUGCCAACAUUUUGUUGGGUUAAUCCUUCAUGCCAUUCACUUGGCGCAAAAGGAUGCGGCAACGUGCACGGAAGUUCCAUGUGCUUGGAUUGUUCCUGCCCAAGUCAAAAAGCAUGAGCCACCUCUGCCUCUGCAAGACAUCACUUUUCACACAAGGAAACAUGAAGGUGCGAAAAGGCGGCGGUUUGAUCCACUGCCAGGGCUCUCACCGAGUGACCCAUCUCUGCUUGCUGCCGAUCUCGAAAAGGUGGCAGCAAACUGCCUGCUUCUCCAUUAUAUGAGCAAAGAAAACUCAGGAGAAUCACUUGAUGAACACAGUCCCAGUGAAGUGGCACCAGAAGCUUCAGACACUCCACUGGUCCCAGACAUUGAAGACAUCCACAGUGAGACCUGUCAAAGACUCAUACAAGAGAGGUUUGAUGCUAUACAGGCCCUCUCGGUGGACAGCAGAGCAGUUCUCGAGUCAACGAUUGGACAGGCCGCAAAUCCAACCUGGCACAUGGAGCGGAUUGGUCGGCUAACUGCCUCAAUGUUUAAAAGAAUUGUGUGGUGUUUGUGUAGCUCUGCGAACAUUAGUUGCAUGUUUUGUGCUAACUGUUGCAGCGUUAACGAAUGAGUGCUGGAGGCGGUACUUUGUUGCAGUGAUGUUUGUGGUGGUGAUUUGGAAGUGUGGUCCGCAAUUUGUAUGGGUUGCUGUGAUGUGCUGUUGUUUGCCGUGUGCUUAAAAGCUUCAAACUCGGCUCGUAGCUCGGCUAAACUGUUUCGAAGUAUUUUGUUUUCUAUGGCAAAAUGAAAAGAAAUAGCAUGGCCUAAGCAAAUUGUGUAGCAUUGGUGAUAACUAUAGCCGUUACGUCUAUAGACAUAACAAAAUAAAUGUGCAGUGUACAUGGAAGAUAACUGAAAAAGCAGUAUCAUUUAUUUAGAGAUGGAAAAUACAAAUUUCCUCAGAAGGUAGCACAGUAGACAGCGUCGUCGUAAGUACACGUGAUAUAGUAUGAGAGUACACUGUUGUUACACAGUCUGGUCUCUUCUGGUCAUAAGCAUGGUAAAGGAGGCUCAUUUGAAGUAGAGAUGUGCGAGCUGGCUACUUGUUCUCAUUAUUGAUUGAAAUGAUUGGCUGUAGAAAAUUGCACAAAAAGGCGCAAGUCCUAAAAAUGCUGUCAAUAAUGUCGAGCAUGUUGAUUGGCAGUGGUUUGUCUAAAAAAUGAAAUUCUUUGAUACGUCUUAUGACUCGCUCAACAUGGAUCCUAGCGCCAGCUAUUUUUCGGGUGGCAAUCACGUCACUAGCUGACAAUUGGUUCCCCAUUUUAAAUGGUGGCAUGUGGAUUUGAAUAGAUGGUGGAAAAACGCCCUCCAACCUAAAGCCUUUGUCGACCAUCACACCGUCCCCCGCAUCUAAUAAACCCAGUAGGCCCGAUUUUUCGACAACUUCGCUAUCACUAACAUGCCCACCCCACAAAUCUGGCACAAAUGAAACGUAGCCAUCUGGUGUUACCCCAACAAGUGCUUUGAACGUGUUAUAAUGCUUGUACGAGGAGAAAGUAUGCCUCUGUGCCUGUAGUUUUGAAGGUCUUUGGAUUCUCACCUCUGUGCAAUCAAGGAUGACUCUAGUGUUUGAGAAGUCACUGAAUGCCAUUGGCAUGUGCCUUUUGAUCUCUGCUAAUGUGGGAAACCUUGUCAAUGCUGAGAGCUCUUUAUCGAGAAAAAUUACCCAUGUACAAAAGAUGCGACUAAGGCAUGACUGAGAAAUUCCAAAGAUUCGAGCCACUUCCUUGGCACAAACACCAGUCCUGAGCCUAUACAGCACCAUGAAAAGUUCUUCGCGCUUGGAGAGCUGUCUUUCCUUUGCUUGUGUUUUUCCUCCAUCCCAAUAAACCAUGCGUUCUGCAUUUUUUUCAAUGUG